AUGCAGGUGGAAAGCCUCGACACCCAGACUGAGCUACAAGUGGAGCAGACUGCGGUCAGGCCGAGCCAACCUGCUCUGCGAAUGACCUUGCCUGGGCCAACUUUGCCUUUGGACUCACACCCAGACAAUGUGCGUAAGUUUGUUGCUACUCAUAUGAAGUCACCCAAGACGCCAACACCAACGCCUGUGGAACCUUCAGAACCUGAGACCAAGCCGCCUGCCCAGACAGCGAGUACUGCGGCUCCUCCAGAAGCAGCCAGAGCUGCAGCUCCACAGCAACUAGAGGCACUAUCAGAGGAGAUGCAGAAGACUUUGCAAGAGAUGGGGUGGAUCAAGCCAGUUGCCACUCCACAACAAUCUGCGAGCGCAGAUGCUUCGAAUGUUGCAGUUCUGAAGAGUGCAGACCAAGGUUUCAAUGGAGGUGCUGUUGCCACUGGAGCAGACAAAGCUUUGAACGGAGUUGCUACGACCAAUGGAGAAGACAAAGGUUUGGACACGACCAGCGGAUCACCGGUUGGGACAAACCAAGGUUUGAACGGACCACCCGUUGCAAAGCCCAUUGGGUCAGCAAAUGAUUCAAAGGGACAACCAGUUCCACAGACCACUGCGCCUGCAGACCAACGUGUGAGCCCACCGGUGACCACGACCGCUGAAGUCACAAGUCUGGCUGGGCAUCCUGGCCAUCAGCCGGCUGGAAGUGCCUCUCCUCACAGGAUGCCCGGACAGCCCUUGCAGAAUCCAGGCCAUCAGCCGGCUGGAAGUGCCUCUCUUCACAGGAUGCCCGGACAGCCCUUGCAGAAUCCAGGCCAUCAGCCGGCUGGAAGUGCCUCUCCUCACGGGAUGCCCGGACAGCCCUUGCAGAAUCCAGGCCAUCAGCCGGCUGGAAGUGCCUCUCCUCACGGGAUGCCCGGACAGCCCUUGCAGAAUCCAGGCCAUCAGCCGGCUGGAAGUGCCUCUCCUCACGGGAUGCCCGGACAGCCCUUGCAGAACGUCAAGGAAGAACCCAAGUUGGACCAGAGGCAAACGUACUCAAGACGGGCGGCUGCCAAUUUGAUCUCGAUACCCAGCGUUGAAAAAAAGGUUUUCAGCGAUGAGAAGAAGUCAGACCUGAUCACAAUGCUGUGCGAGAGCAAUGGAGAGCUGGAAGCUGUGGGAGCAUCCUUGCAAGCCUUUGAAGAAACUUGUGUUGGUGACUACCAUCGCAAGAAAGCACUUCGUUGGACAAGGAAGGAGAUGGAAGACCACUACGGCACAGAUGCAGAGGCAGUCAUGAAGCACAAGAUCCAGCAGGGCCUUGUGGAGGAUGACGAGAAUCUUCCAGGGGGGCAGCUCUUUUUGAUUGCCAGGAAGGAAGAUGAACAUGAAUCAGGGACUCGGAGUGGAACCCAGUUGACUACGAACAGGAUUCGCGUGGACGAGAGCAAUGCAAGUGCUGUGGAUUCCUUGUCAGCCCCUGCAAGGGUACCGGUCAAGAGCAGAACGUCAGAUACCAGCAGCAUUUCAGCUCCCCCCACGCCGGCUUCGUCUGAGCUCUCUUCCUCGGCUCCUGCAACACCGGCAGCUCCAGAGCCACCGGCCAAAAAACGUCGAGUUCCAAAGGCGGAAGAACCUGUGACGCCUUUGGCGAAAGGACGGGAGAUGGCUUCUAAGUUGUUGAAGAAGAAGAGUGACGCAGCAAACUUGGCAUUGACCCUCCAAUCGGUGCCAUAUGCUGAGCAACUGUACCUCAAAGUGCAGGAGCUGGUUUCCUUGCAGAAGAAUGAGGAAGUGGAUUACAUCCCACUUGUCCGAGACAUGAUCACGUUGCAGCGAGGCUUCGACAAGCCGUAUGCUGCGGCAGGGGCGAUUGUGCGCCAAGUGAACAAGCCGGCCUCAAAGGCCAAGGGCAAAGCCAAAGCCAAGGCUAAGGCCGCGGCUUGA